AAAUACAAUAAAAUUGGAGUACUAUUUUUAGAAUUUUAUAAAACAGCUCCAAAUUUAGGGAUUUAAUUUCAAUCUUGUCCUUCACUGAUCUCGCCAAGGGUUCCUUUAAAGGAAUUAUUUUUUGAUUUGCUUGAGGUUUGAGGGACUUGUCUGGUUAAAUAUGAUUGAGAAUUGAACAUAUGUGAAGCUCCUUGGGUUUGGUUUUGGAGUAUAGUUGAUGAAUAAGGAUAUUUAUGUGUGUGCUUAGAAGAAGAUAUGUUUAGUUGAGGUUACGGGGUGAUUCACGUAAUUGAUAAUACUGAGUUUUCGUGAUAUAGAAAGGGAAGGGACGUCGUUUUUGACAUAUAAAUGGGGGCAGAACAGUGUAAUGGCAAAUUAACUUGGAUGAUGGAUCGAGAAAGAGAAUUUGAAGUAGAUAUUGAAAGUGGCGGAACAACUAGUGAUGAUGAUGGAAUGAGUGAUAGCAUUUCGGGAAAUACGAAAGUGUUGAAUAGUGUUUGGAGUGGGAGAAUGGGAUUCGAUGGAUUGAUCAGCUCAUCGAAAUUUUGUGAUGAUGAGAAUGUGGAGUUGUUGUUGGAUAAUAGAUCAGAAGGGGAAGAGGCUCAACAACAGCACGUGGGGUUUGGGAAAAAGAAGGUUGUCGAGGAGAAUCAUAAGAAAAAGAACUCGAGAAAAGCUCCUAAACCACCAAGGCCUCCUAAAGGUCCAGCACUAGAUGCUGCUGAUCAGAAGUUUGUGCAGGAAAUUGCGGAGCUUGCAUUGAGAAAACGAGCGAGGAUGGAACGAAUCAAAGCACUAAAGAAGAUGAGAGGGGCAAAAUCUUCAUCUUGGAAUAGCAGCCUAUAUGCCAUGAUCAUCACUGUUAUCUUCUGCCUUAUAUUUAUCUUUCAAGGAAUUUGUGCCAGAAGCAAUGGAGGUGUGUUUCUACAAGGGUCACCUGAACCAGCAGUUGCAGCUUCUGAAGAUCUGAUUUCAAUUCAAUUUUACAAUAAACCUUCCUCCGGCUCCAGCUCUGGCUCCGACUCUCCAAAUUUGGCGGAGGGGCAAGUUUCGGGUUCAGGUUUGCGUAAGUAGUAGAGCUGCAGAUUUUGUAAAGUUUUGUUGGUAUCUGCAGCAUGGAAGCUCAGUUAGGCAGAAUUAGUUUAUCCAUUUUGUAAUGUGUCAUCUGAACUAGUUGGUUCUUGUAUAUAUGUGGAAGGAAACCAAGUCGGAGAGAUGUUUAUAACGAGCAAUUAUGUACAGCAGUCAGAUUGUCGAGUUGCUACUGAUUUUUGCAGUUCACAUAUUUAUUCCUCAUCUCUUGCCUCUUACUAUCAUCUCUUCAUAGCUAUUCUCACUUUAAUCUCAGGCCUCAUUUUCUUCUUUUCUUGCAAUACAAAAUCUAAACUCGUAAAACUUCCUCGAGGACCACCAGGUUGGUCUAUAGUCGGCGAUCUUUUUCAAGUUGCUUGUUCUGGUAAACAUUUUUUCCAAUUUGUACAAGAUUUAAUUCCCUUGUAUGGUCCCAUUUUUACUCUGAAGAUGGGAACAAGAAUGCUUAUUAUCAUUACUUAUGCUAAACUAGUCCAUGAAGCUCUUAUGAGAGGGGACUGCUUUUCGCAACCCGGACACGCGAAAACCCUACGAGAUCUGUCUUCAGCUGCAACAAGUUUACUAUCAAUGCACCGGUCUACGGACCGGUGUGGCGGUCGCUGAGGCAAAACAUGGUUCAGAAUAUGCUUAGUGCAAGCAGGAUUAGGAAGUUUCAGAGUGUAAGAUAGUGCAAUGGAUAAACUUAUUAGUAGGGUUAGAAUUGAAGGUGAGGCUAUUGAUGGAGCUGUUUGGAUGCUAAAAAAUGUACGAUUUGCUGUUUUUUA